UCCGGUUGUUUUCUGAACAAAGAGGCUCGUCCGCUUCAUCCCUGUAGCGCUGCAUUAACAGUCGACCAAUCAGAGAGCGAGAAUCCGCCCCGGCCUGUUUAAAUAUUCAUGAGCCGUUGGCGAGAUCACCAAUCAGCGCGUUCCUCAUGAAUAUGUGAGUGCUUAUCGCAGUACACUGGAGUGGAGUCGCUACGGCGCUGUGUGUUUUCUCAAACAGAAACGGGAGGACUGACGGAUACAAGCGACGUGUGUGUAUUUUCUCGGAUAAUAUCGCGCUAAUCAUGCCCGGACAGGCGUCGGUGGCCAUCGGCUCGCAGAAGUCGUCCGCUUUUGUUUUGAAGAAGAUCAUGAAUAUUCCUCCUCCGAACAUACUGGAGGAUCAAGACGACGAAGCCAAAGCCGGCCCCGACCGUGUGACGCCCACUCCGAUCGACCCAGAGGAGAUCGAGGUGAGCGUGGCCUUCCAGCCGGACCUCACGGAUCUGGUGCUGUCCAGCGUUCCCGGAGGAGAGCUCUUCAAUCCACGGAAACAUCGCUUCUCUGUGGACGAGCUCAAACCACAGCCCAUGAUCAAGAAAGCCAAGAAAGUGUUUGUUCUUGAAGAGGCGAAGGAUGAGAAGUACUGGUCGUGGAGGAAGAAGAACAACAUGGCGGCGAAGCGCUCGCGAGACGCCCGGCGUCUGAAAGAGAACCAGAUCGCCGUCCGCUCCUCCUUCUUGGAGCGGGAAAACGCCGCGCUGAGACAGGAAGUGGCCGAGCUGCGCAAAGACUGCGGCCGCUGCAAGAAGAUCAUGCUGCUGUACGAGGCCAAAUACGGCUUGCUGUGAGGGACACGCUUCAGUCUCCCUUAUAAUUCACACCGCAGUUACACAGCCGGGGAUUGUGGGUAAUGCGGCGCCGCGCGGGAGGUCGUGUUUUUAAGAGGAUGUUUGAAGGGGCUAGAAGACACAAAACACAUGAUAACACAAUCAUAACCUUUGACCUCCUCAUACCUCAUAUUCUGCCCUCUCAUUCGGUAUGAAGACGAGAUAAAGUGGCCGAAUGGAGAAGUCGCACAGCUAGCGUUCAAUCUUAGAGCGUUCGGCCGCGGAAAACGUGACUUUUUUUUUUUCACAAGACUAUUUUCAGCUAGUUUUAAGCCUGUUUUUUGCACUUGACACGUCAUCUUAUGUUUGUGUACGAGAGGUUUUUCGCAGAAAACAAGUGCAUGACUCUCGAUACGAAGCGAUUAUUUUCUUUAUUCCACGAAAACGAGUGCGCUUGAAGAGCAAGUGCGAAUCGGACGGUCUGUGAAGGCGGAGUCUGUAAAUAUACGCUUGUAUCCGUCCGCUAGUGUCGUCGUUCUUCCAGAAUGAGCUUACCAUGUGAAAAGCGACACUUCUGUCAUGCAGAUUAACUCUAUAGCGACUGUGCUUCGUUCAAACGCAUCUUCACGGCAGUUAAGCGGGCGCUUAUUGUAACGCGAGCGUCUGCGCUGGAGUUUAACUGUGAGUGACCGAUCAACUGGAUCUGGUUUGUUUUCAGGGUUUAAUCCAGGGCAAUAAUGUGCGAUGCAUCUUGACCUCAGAUUAGAUGUUUCCGAUGAGUGUUUUUUAAAAAAUUUAUUUAAAACUAUUUUUUAGUCGGGCAGCUCAGCAUCCGUUAAAACACAAGCGUAAUGAAUUUCUAUGUAAAAAAAAACUUCUUUUUGUUUUAUUCUUACCAAUGACUGAUUCAUUUUUGCAUUUUUAAUGAAUUAUUAUAAUAAUAAUAAUAAUAAUGCAUUUUUAGAUAAAUUGUUGCAUUGGUAAAACCAUUGUUGCGUGAGCGUGAUUUAUUCCAGUCGAUGACAUUAACGUAAACACGAGAGUCUCACGUUUAUCGCCGGUUUUCCUUACGUUUAGUGUAUUUAAAAACGCAGAAGUAAUAAUCUGCUUCCAGUGUUUAUGGAUUUUGAUAAUUACACUCAUCAUGGUUUGUUUUCAGUGCUCAAACAAAUUCAUGAACACCACAAAGUGUGCUUACAAUUUUAGUUUAUAUAUGUAUUUUUAACAGAUCAAUGUUUUUUACACUAACUAUGGAUAAUAUCAACAACAAAACCAUCUCAAAUCUAUACAUUUCACUGUUGUAUUAUAUAAUAGUUAUAAUAUAUACACACACACACACACACACACAUAUAUACUGCAUUAUAAAAACUCAUAAGUCAUCAAGAUUGUUUAUUUUCAACGGGUUUGAAGUAAAUCUAUUGUACAUUGACGAGUCAUUAGUGCAUGCUGUUGUCAUGGUGAUGCUGUGCAGUGGGCGUGUCCUUCUCUUCCAUAUAUGGAGAUAAAAACUCUUUAUCUGUCACGUUCGUUGAUAGUUUUGUUGUUUUAAACUCUUUUUACUCCUGUUUGAUUUCAUUCUAUAAACCAAACACACAAACCUUUCCUGUCAAUCAGUGUUUAAAAUGUACAAAACGAAGUUUGUGUUUGUUUUUAUAGGCCAAUUUUGUGAUUGAAACUGAAGUGUGAAUUUAGUUUU